CAGAAAGUCAAAUCGCGAAUGAUCGAACUGGAGCCCAAAGGAUUCAAAUACAUCGUGACAGUGACGUUGUCUGAGAAUUUGGGGCAAGCAGGGAGAGCGGACAUGUCUUGUCAUUGGGAAGAUACAGACGUCGUGGUCCAGGAAAUGUACAGUAAUGACACAAUCAUCCUCGUUUGCCUAGCAUUCGCAGUACGAAUCAUAUAA